AUGAUGCAUCGCUUUUCAUUCGCAAAGUGUCGAACAACAAGCCAUACCUCAUAUGUAAAUCAGGCUAUCUAUUGUCUUGUUGGCCGUUCUUCCAUUAAGGAUCUCAGAAACCUUAACUUUUUUCUUGGAGUUGAGGUGUUUCGUGUUGCGGAUGGAAUUACUUUAUCACAAUCCAAUUACAUCAGUGAAAUCCUCUCUGAAGAAAAUAUGAAAGACUACAAUUACGCAAAAACUCCAAUGAGUUCCAAUGAAGUGGUUAAACAAAAUGAUGGAGCGGAACCAACUGAUGCUACUUGCUACAAGAGAGUUCUUGGAAAACUACCAUACAUGUCGUUCACUCAUCCAGACAUAAGUUUCUCUGUGUACAAAUUGUCACAAUUUAUGCACUCCACAUCUGAAGUACACUGGAAAGCAUACAAACGAGUACUCAAGUAUCUUCAAGGAACAAUUCAGUUUGGUCUUCGCAUUCAAAGAGAUAAUGAUUUCAAGCUACACAUGAAACAAAGAACAAUUUCUCGGUCAUCAACCGAAGCAGAGUAUCGAGCGGUUGCAAGUAUACUUGGUGAAACAAAUUGGGUGACGAAUCUGCUAAAUGAACUACAUGUUUCACUUCCACAAGCAUCAACCAUUUACUGUGAUAAUGUUGGUGCACCUUAUCAGUGCGAAAAUCCAAUCAGCUCACGGAUACUCUCACCGAAGCACUACCAAAGCCAGCCUUUGACAGACACUUAUUCAAGCUAG